GUAUGGCCGAUCUUGAAUCAUUACCAACACAAGCAACUACUGUAAAACCAACAGAGAAUUCAUCGAAAGUAACACUCGAUAAAGAAUUAUUCACUUGUCCAAUUACACUCGAUAUCAUGGAAAAUCCUGCGACGACCGUACCUUGUGGACAUAUGUUUGAAAUGAGUGCCAUUAACCAAUAUUUAAGAACAAGCAAUAUUUGUCCUUCAUGUCGAACAGCUAUUACUGGUAUUACUCAAAAUUUUGCAUUCAAAAAUAUUAUUGAAACAUGGCUAGCUCAACAACACGAAUAA